UGGAAAAUUUGGCUGUAAAGUGCUGAUCAUUGGGAACAAAAACACCUAAUAAAUUGCAUUUAUUCUCCGAAUCUCUUAGUUCUCUCUUCUUCCUCUAAUCUUCUAACAACCAUUUUCUGUUUUGGAUUUAGAUGCAAUUCACAGGCUCAAUUAGUUUUCCUUUUUUUCUAAAAUGUGUCAUCAUUUUCUUGGCAAAUUUUUGUUUAGACAAUAUUGAUGCCAAUCCUCGGAUUUCCGAAGCAGGGUCUGUAUGUGGCAGGAACAUGACAUCACCAUCCGUUAUCAUCCAACAGUACGCUAAAGAAAUGCGAGUUGUGACACAACUUGUGAGCGAAAAUGGAUGGGGCAGUUAUGCUAUUAAUUCAACAGACAUCUCGAUAUAUGCUCUAGCAAACUGUUACCAAGAUCUUCCACACAAUGAUUGUAUUCAAUGCUUCCUUACAAGUUGUGCCAAACUCCCUCGUUGCCUCCCUGCUGUCUCUGGUCGUAUAUAUCUUGAUGGCUGUUUCCUCCGUUAUGAUCACUACAACUUCGUCGACGAAGCUACUGAUGAUGUUUUAGAUAAAGUCAACUGUAGCAGCUCACUUGGAAAGGCGCUCGCUACUACUAGUCAAGAUAAAUUGGCCAAUUUGAUCGAAAAGGUGACGAAAACAGCAAUUGCGAAUGGUGGAUAUGCAGUGGCGCAAUUGGACGGAGUUUAUGGAUUGGCAGAGUGUUGGAGAACAGUGAAUAAACAAGGUUGCAAAGAAUGUUUGGACAAGGCAAGUGAAGUUAUUAAACAAUGUUUGCCUAAUAGGGAUGGUAGAGCUUUGAUUGCUGGUUGUUAUUUGAGGUAUUCCACACACAAUUUCCUCAAUCAUGCGUCUCAGGGUACUAGUAACGGGGCGAGCAAAGGGGUGAUAGUAGCUAUUGUUCUUGGAAUGACAGCUUUCUUCAUGUUGGUUUUCUUUAUUGCUUACGCAGCUCGUAAAAAAUCAUUAAAGCGAAAACAAGAACUCAUUAAUCUUGGCAAAAUAUCGAAUUCAUACAAGAGGUCGAGCUUGAACUUUAAAUAUGAAAAUCUUGAGAAGGCAACAAACUACUUUGACCCAUCAACAAAAGUAGGCCAAGGAGGAAAUGGUUCUGUAUACAAGGGGACUCUGUCUAAUGGGAAGAUAGUUGCAGUUAAGAGAUUGUUUUUCAAUACAAAAGAAUGGGUUGACGAGUUCUUCAAUGAGGUUAACCUCAUCCAUGGGGUUGAACACAAAAAUCUUGUCAAGUUGUUGGGUUGCAGCAUUGAAGGCCCCGAGAGCCUCCUCGUCUAUGAAUUUGUUCCCAAUAAGAGCCUAGAUCAAUACCUCAAUGAUAAGAACAGGAUAAAGAUUCUAAGUUGGGAAGAACGUUUACGCAUUAUAGUCGGAACAGCAGAAGGCCUUGCAUUCCUCCAUGGAGGUUCAGAGAUAAGAAUCAUCCAUAGGGACAUCAAGAGCUCCAAUGUACUUAUGGAUGAAAAAUUUGACGCGAAAAUUGCUGAUUUUGGACUUGCUCGGUGUCUUCCAGCUGGUAAAACUCACCAUAGCACUGGAAUUGCUGGCACAUUGGGAUAUAUGGCUCCUGAAUAUCUUGUAAAAGGACAGCUCACAGAGAAGGCUGAUGUCUAUAGUUAUGGAGUGCUUGUUCUUGAAAUUAUUUGUGGCAGAAAAAACAUUUCUUUGGCAGAGGAUGACUCUGGCUCACUACUGCAAACUGUGUGGAAGCUCUAUACAACAAAUCAGGUCACUAAAGCAUUAGACCCUUGCUUGAAAGGUGAUUUUCCGCUACAAAAGGCACUAAAAAUCCUCAAAGUGGGGCUCUUGUGUACUCAGGCCUCUGUCACCUUAAGACCAUCAAUGUCUGAUGUUGUCCAAAUGCUAACAACAUUUGGACAACCAAUCCCGGAACCAUGCCAACCACCAUUCUUAAAUUCAUGCACCAGUAUAAAAAGCUUAGUCUCCAAUACACUUUCUAAACUAGAUGAUUCUUAUACCGCAACCACAGAGAACUCCUCUAGUAUGCAAAGCUCAUCAGAUGGACCACACGGAAAUGAUCAAGAAUUCCUUUUAAAAACGAUGUCUGUACUGGAAAAAGAGAAAAUAAAAGAAGUAGAGUUUGAUGUAUAAGUGCAGAUUAGAACUAGUAGUGAUGAUACAAGGAGAGAUGUUGCAUUUUUGUGAUUUGUUUCUGCAUAAUGAUACAAAGGAGUAGAGAGAAGUAGAGUGGCA